AUGAAGCGGAGCCAAGAUGUCGAGGAUUUGUCGACGAUGGACAUGCUGGGAGCGGUCCACGACACCAAAAUGGAAGGCGACACGAACAGCGUGCUUACGAUUGUCCUCGCGCAGAGAGAUCGCCUGAAGCUGCGAGUGGGCGUUCUCGAAGAGGAGCUGAUGGCUGAAAAGACCAAGCAGGCCGUGCUCGUGACGGAGAUUGAGAAAGUGCGCGACGACAACGUGAAGCUGUACGGGAAUCAAACGAGUGUCGCGCUACCAGAAGAGAGCAACUACAGUGCGCAGUACGAACGCCGUUUGGACCCGUUCCAACGUUUCGGACAGGCCGAAACACAGCGAGGAUACGCCCGCCUACCGAUACAUGACCGGGCGUCGUUGAGUAUUGGAAGGGCGGUCAUGACGUCAGCAUCGGCACGAAUGACGUUCUUCUUCUACCUGGUUGUGCUGCAUCUACUCGUCUUCUUGGUGCUGUACCGAUUUGCCUACACUGAGUCGUGUGAACGCGACUUCCAACAAGACUGCGUAGCACAGUUCGAGCGCCACAUGAGAGAACACCAUCCGGGAAGUCCCCAAGGUUGA